AGGUCUGAUUUUAAAUCUAAUGUUUUGUUUAUUUUUAAAUCAAUAAUCAAAAUGGCGACUUCGUUUCGAAAAGCACAACAUAAUUUGCCGUGUCAAUUAUGUGAACAAGACACAAGAAUUAAAUGUAAGUGCAUUGACUGUGAUCUAUUGAUGUGUGCAAAAUGUCAAGAAAAAGUUCAUUCUAAAUUUAAACAUGCAAAUAUGCAUAAAGUUGUUGACAUCAAAGAUAUUGCCUCGUAUCAAAAUGAAAACAGUGGUACAACUGAUCUUAAAAUCAUCGCAUGUGACAUUCAUACUUCCCAAACAGUUUGUUUAUUUUGCGUUUCUUGUACACAGCUAGUUUGUCCUUUGUGUAUAGCAAAUUUACACCAAAAGCACGAUUUGACAGAAAUCGAUAAAAUCUAUGCUGAAAAAAUAUCACGUUACAAGAAUAUGAGGAGCAAAAUUGAUGGAGACAUUAUGGUUCAGGUUGAAGAGAAAUUAAGUUUCCUUCAAGUGCAAACAAUAUCUGAUGAUCUUGAGUUUAAAAAAUUAAGAGCAGAUAUUUUGAGAAAGGAACAAACUUUGUCUAAAAUAUUUAGAAAGUAUUUUGAGGAGCUUUUAUCAACAGUAGAUAUGACAAGAACGAACAAUGAAAUAAAAUUAAAAGAUCUUGAGAGCACACUUAAAUUGUCAAAGAAAGACCUUCUCGGUCAUAAAAGUACUAUUGAUGAUAUAGUAAACUCUAAGGAUCCUUCAAAGGUGCUGUCAAAAGAAGUUGAUGAAUUAGAGGGUAAACUUGACGAAAUAGAAUUAAACAGUACUCCUACAAGUUCUGCAAUCGUGAAAUUUCUCGAAUCUACAAUUCAACCCGAAGUAUCAAAGUUGGUUGGGUUCUUGGUGUCCGCUUCCGUCAAAAACACAUAUUGUGUCGAUCACUAUGUCUGUAGUAUAACAGUCCAAGACAACAAUUCGCUAUGGUUAUAUUACGGUAGCUACGAAGGAAUUCGGCAUGUUGAUCCAGACAGAGACAUGAGCGUUAUAGACGAAUUUCGCGAUAUUAAUGCGCUUGAAAUUGCAGCAGGGAAAUCCAACUGCUUGUUCUAUACAACUGGAAAUCAAGUUCAGAUGUUAUCACCUAAUAAGAAAACAAAAGUUUUGCACAAUUUUUCACCUCACCAACCAACUACACUUCUUAUUACCGAAGAUAAUAUCGUGGUAGGAGUAAUUGAGGACAAAGGAAAGAAAUCAAAAAUUCAACUUCAGGCCAAACUAGUUGUUCUCGAAAUAUCGGGAAAAUCAAAAGCGACAUAUGAAAAUGAUAGAAAUGGCAUACCGCUAUUUAUUUACCAUUUUCCUCGAAGUAUCACAGCAACCGAAAAUGGCGGACUUUGUUUUAUCGACUGUCGUUCAAUAGAUGACUAUCUCGGGCGUAUAGUCAUGUUUUCUGAAAACCGAUUUAUUCAGUGGGCCUAUGAAGGAAACCCUUCUAUUAAUACAAACGAAUAUCCAUUUUCUGCUGUUGAAGUACUUGCUACAAAAUCAGAAAACGUUAUUGUUUCUGAUAAAUUUACAAAUACAUUACAUAUUAUAUCAAAACACGGUGAUAUUCUGUCUAUGAUGGAUUUAUGUCACGUUGGAAUCGAAAAACCCGGAGUAAUGGCAAUUGACAAAAGUGGAUACUUAUGGGUCGCUGUACAUGGGCGAUGGCUUUAUCGCUUAGAAUUAUCUGGAAUGUAAUACCCGAAAACAAUAACAAUACUUUUGUUUUUAUGGCGCAAAUGUAAAACACCUUUGUAUGAUUUUUUUUCAAAGAGAAGUAAUCUUGAGUCACACAUGAAUUGUCAUAAUUACUUAAAUAAAGUUUUCUUUCGGGUUU